AGCGGACAGAGGGUGGGCGGCAGUGACGGGAGGUCGGCGGUGCCGGGCCGGAGGACCCCAUCGGGAUCAUGACGACGUUCCUCUGCACGCUGGUGGCCGCGCUGGGCGCGCUGGCCGGAGUCUCUGAUGGUCAGUCCUCGGGGAGCGACAACACCAGCAGCGGCACGUCCGUGGUCAGCCAGAUGCCCGGAGGCACCGUCUCCAUGCAGUGCAACUUCCACCCGGGCGGCACCGUCCUAUGGUACAAACAAGAGAGCGACGGCAAGAUGGAGUUUGCUCGGGACGCGCAGCUGAUCGUCAGCGACAACCGGUACCAGAUCCGUUCUGAGAACGGGGCCUACGUCCUCACGAUAAAUCCCACCCGGGAGGAAGACUCGGGCCAGUUCAUGUGCCACAGUAGCGAUAUGCGUGGCAUGAUCUAUGAGCACACGUUCCUGGUGACGAUCGGUGCUGGUGGUGGCGCCUCCCGAACGACUGCGGCCUAUGUUGGAACUAUUGCCGCUGCACUGCUGUUGUUGAUAUAGAUGGCGUUACGUGACGAACUGUUCAUGGAGUGUCUGCGCAUCCGUUUAGAGGGCAACUAGAUAUUUACGCAUUUGGACGCUUAGUUUUAAUAGAUUUGGUGUGAGGCACCUGUGGUGAUAAAAGUACCUGCUUGAAGUGGCCAAGAGAAAGGCAUCCACCGUGUCUGUGUGAUAACAUUUGUAAACUCGCACGUCACAUAUGUUGCGGCGCAUUGAAUGCCACUUCUGGACAAGCAAGCUAUAGUUGUUGUGUAUUUCGGUUCAGUGUGCUUGUGUUUGGCAGAUCACAACGUUGCUGAAGGUGCUUCUAUCAAAGUUAUCUCCGUUCAACAGGGUCAGGAUGAGACUGAGUAAGGGCCUAGCUACGCUUUGCUUCCGAAGAGGGAAUGCUCCAACUAUAAUCCGCGCGGAUUUGCGAUAGCAAUGUAGCAACUGUUGUAAGCUGCAAUACGCUCUUGCAUGAGUGUGUGAUGCCAUCUGCUUGCAAUGAUGAACAACACUGUUCAAAUGCGGACGUUAGAAAUGCAAUGUAAGGUAGUUACUAAUGUGCGUCCGUAAUACAAACCAUCUCUAGCAUUA